UAACAUUAUUAGUCGGCGUAUAAAAAGAGAACUUCGACCCUCUUUACUUCAUUCUUUUGUUCUCUCUCUUUCUCCUCUCACGCACCAAAACCCUAAUACCCAAAUUCACUUUUCGAUCAAAUCAAUCAAAACAUGGGAACACCUGAAACCUCACGCGAGCCUUGUCCCGAUCGCAUCCUCGACGACAUCGGCGGCGCGUUUGGUAUGGGUGCCGUCGGUGGCUCCGCCUUCCACUUUCUCAAAGGUCUCUACAAUUCCCCCAAAGGAGCACGUUUCACCGGCGCAACACAAGCUGUUCGUCUCAACGCACCUCGAAUCGGUGGUAGUUUCGCUGUUUGGGGUGGUUUAUUCUCAACUUUUGAUUGUACUAUGGUUUACGUGAGACAAAAGGAAGAUCCGUGGAAUUCUAUUGUUGCUGGUGCUGCUACUGGUGGUUUUCUUGCUAUGCGUCAGGGUUUAGCUGCUUCUGCGCGAUCAGCGGCAUUUGGUGGUGUGCUUUUAGCGUUGAUUGAGGGGGCUGGUAUUGCUUUGAAUAAGUUUUUGAGUGCUCAACAGCCUUUGCCGAUGAUGAUCGAGGAUAUGCCGCCAGAGAAUUCGAAUUCAAAUGCAAAUUCGGAGGAAAACAAAGGUGGGAAGCCGUGGUUUGGUGGAUUUGGUGGAAUUUUUGGACAGAAGGAGGAAGAGAAGAUUGGUGGUGGUGGAAGUGAGGUGAAGGUUUUGGAGAGUUUUGAUGCGCCUCCUGUGCCGAAUUUUGAGUAUAAGUGAUUAUGAAUUAGAGUUUUGAGGUAGUGAAUUUGUGUUUUGAAAAUUUAAAUUUGAGAAAAUUAGGGUUUGGUUUGAACCUUGAUUGAUGUUGGUUGCUUAUUAGCUAUGAUACUAAUGAAGUAUUUAUAAGAGUUAUCUGGUUUAUGGCUGUUUUGAAAUUGAUAAUCAUAUGUAAUAAGUUUAGCGGUAGACUUUUAUUAUAAUGUUAAUGAUAUUUUUUUAAUGUUGUUAUGAUUAAUGUAAGUACAGUAGAUUAUUAGUUGUUUAAUUAUGUUGAGUUUAAAUGAAUGUUCUUUGUUUGGUGUGU